CUUGCCAUCUCAUACUUGGCAGCCUCCUCGUCCCGUUUUCCUCCCGCACCGCCAUCCGGCUUGCAUCGAGUCUGUCGUGCAUCCACCGUCUCUCUUUUCCAGCGGUGCAGGCCUCGGCAUUCUCUCCAGCGCGCGCAAGAUGCCGGACAUAUGCACUGAGCGAUCUUGUGGAGGUGCCACGGCGAAUCCAGCUGGCGAAAUUGACUGCUGUUAUGUAACCGCAUGGAGUCUAGCACACGUUUCCUGCCUUCGUCUUCCCCCUCGGUCGCUUUGCAAAAUCACGAAGCGGGCGAAGAUGAACGGAUUCCCGGCAGGGAUAGCCAUGACGAACUGACGCCUCCGUGCAGUCCGCGCUCGUGAAGGCGCGCGCUCUUCCUGAAAUUUAUUGGCGUCUGGGGACGGAGGGCGAGCGUUGGAAGAGCUUACUGAGCCGUCUGGUAUCCCGGUGCCGCGCCGGUGGUCAGAGGCCCGGGAGUGAGAUCACUGGGAUGUCCGAUACUCUAUGUCGUCCGUCACGCCAGCCGACGCAUGUCUGCUAAAUGGGUAGACGCCUCGGACCCCUACGUUCGGGACUCUAACCUCUUCUGCCACCCUACAGUCGUCGUCUAUCGGUGUCAAGAUGGCUGUCCACUUCCUGUCUGACAUACAUAUAAAGCGGCCCCCUACCUCAUCACCAGGCCACGCAAAGUGCAGCGGUUCCCCUCCCUACCCUCCCCCCUUUCCAGUUCGUCUCCCUUAUAUUAAGUGCUUCCAAUAUGCCUGGUCUCCACGCGCACAUUCUCAAUCAAUCCUUCGUCCUUCAGCACGGUAGUGCAGAUGACUUCCUCACUUUCACCUAUCCUACCCUACGUCGCCACGAAGCGUCAUCUAACAUCGUCCUGGCGCACGCGCUCAAGCGCGUCGGUGCCGAAUCCGCGCUAAGCCGAUAUGAAUUCAUGUCCGAUGAGGAUGUCGACGCCCUCUUCUCUUGCAUGGACCGCGAUCGCUUCGUUCCCCGCACUUCCACAGACGCCUUCUGGCUGACCCUGUGGAGCGUCUCUUCCCCGUCUGCUUCGCCGACCCUCGACCUUGUCCUCGCCUGCGUCAAUUGGUCCCUCGGAGACUACCCCAUCUUCCUUUGGACGCCUCAUCGUGCAUCCGCGGCAUCCGGGAGCUGGUCAAUCCCUCGCAUUCAGCAAAUAGCAAAGCACCUUCACAGCUGUGCCCCUCCGGAACGUGUCUACUCUGUCUUCGGCCUGACGUCCUUGGUCAAGACGUUCUCCCGCGUCUGGACACAAAUGACCGGCUUUGUCGUCGAGCAGGAACCGUUCUACGCCGCCCUCUUUUCGUACUGCACCGCCCACACCUUUCGGGAAGGUGACACUGCGCUGCCAGACGGCCACCAACUUCGCAAGGGCAAGAUGACAGACCUGGAAGCCAUCGCACAGCUCUGCAAGGAGUUCGCUGAUGAUUCCAUCUAUUUCCCCCUUUCCAUCGAGCGCGCCCGGAUCGAGGCCCGGGAGCUCAUCUCCAAGGGGCUCGUGUGGGUCUACGAUGCCCAUGGCGAUAUUACGACCAUCUGCGCGGUAACGCGGAACAGUCACCGCGUCUCCGCGAUCACGAAGGUGUACACCACCCCCAGAUGGCGACGGAGAGGUUGCGCCGAGUUCCUUGUGCGAGACGUGACAGCACAGCUGCUGUUCGACUUCGGCAAGGAGUCUGUCGUUCUUUACGUCGGACACGAAAACAGCGCCCAACGCGUCUACGACCGAGUGGGCUUCGCAGGCCUGUGUGGCAAACCCAAGCCUGAUGCCGUGGAGGACUCUCUUGAACUUGGUUUUGUCGGUGCUGACAGGGGACACUGGUGAAGUGCCCGCAGCUCUCAACUGUCUCUACUAGUGAUAGGUCCCCUAAUUUGCUCCACCUCACCUGACUGCCUAAUAUCUCAGACUAUCAUCUCCGUCUUUACUUAUUGCAUGUCUAGUUCACCGAACAAUCCAUUUGUAGCUCUAGUCAUUUAGCUCUAUUUAACUCCCACGACGUACUCUGUUCUGCACUCGGAUUGUCUUAGCCCACACUAUUUCCUCUGGUACACUUCUAAGUAAUCCUUAAUAAGAUGUUGACAUUUAUCAC